AUGAAUAAAAUCAGCGAACAAUCGAUCUCAAAUCUUAUCACUAUCAAAAUGGGUAUCAAAUUUCUUGAAUUCGUCAAGCCAUUCUGUCAAAUUAUACCAGAAAUUCAAAAACCUGAUCGCAAAAUUCAAUUCCGUGAAAAAGUCUUAUGGACAGCCAUCACAUUAUUCAUAUUUUUGGUCUGUUGUCAAAUACCUUUAUUUGGAAUCAUGUCAUCCGAUUCUGCUGAUCCAUUCUACUGGAUUCGUGUUAUUCUUGCAUCAAAUCGAGGUACAUUGAUGGAAUUAGGUAUUUCACCUAUCGUCACGUCUGGUCUCAUCAUGCAAUUGUUAGCCGGUGCCAAAAUCAUUGAAGUCGGUGACACACCCAAAGAUCGUGCUCUAUUCAAUGGAGCACAAAAACUCUUCGGUAUGGUCAUUACCAUUGGACAAGCGAUUGUCUAUGUGAUGACUGGCAUGUAUGGUAUUCCAUCGGAAAUCGGCGCUGGUGUUUGCCUUUUGAUCAUCAUUCAAUUAUUCGUUGCUGGUUUAAUCGUUUUACUGCUCGAUGAAUUACUUCAAAAAGGCUAUGGUCUCGGCUCUGGUAUUUCGCUAUUUAUUGCAACGAACAUUUGCGAAACCAUCGUUUGGAAAGCAUUCAGUCCAGCUACAAUCAAUACCGGACGUGGCACUGAAUUCGAAGGUGGUAUCAUUGCUUUGUUCCAUCUUUUGGCAACACGACAUGAUAAAGUUCGAGCUUUACGUGAAGCUUUCUACCGUCAAAACUUACCCAACUUGAUGAAUUUACUUGCCACAGUUCUCGUUUUUGCAAUUGUUAUCUACUUUCAAGGCUUUCGCGUUGAUCUUCCCAUCAAAUCAGCUCGCUACCGUGGACAAACAUCAUCUUAUCCAAUCAAAUUGUUUUAUACAUCCAACAUCCCUAUCAUUCUUCAAUCGGCUCUUGUUUCGAAUUUAUACGUCAUCUCACAAAUGUUAUCGACAAAAUUCGCCGGCAACUUUCUCAUCAAUUUAUUAGGUGUUUGGGCUGAUAACGGUCCACAACGAUCAUAUCCGAUCGGUGGUUUGUGUUACUACCUAUCACCACCGGAAUCGUUUCAAGCUAUGCUGACGGAUCCCGUUCAUGCUAUUCUUUACAUUGUAUUCAUGCUCGGUUCGUGCGCAUUCUUUUCGAAAACAUGGAUUGAAAUCUCCGGUUCAAGUGCCAAAGACGUUGCCAAACAAUUAAAAGAACAACAGAUGGUCAUGCAUGGUCACCGUGAAAAGUCAAUGAUUCAUGAGUUGAACCGAUAUAUUCCAACAGCUGCUGCCUUUGGUGGUUUGUGUAUCGGUGCAUUGUCCGUCUUAGCCGAUCUUCUUGGUGCAAUUGGUUCGGGUACUGGUAUUUUAUUGGCUGUCACAAUUAUUUAUCAAUACUUCGAAAUCUUUGUCAAAGAGCAGAAUGAACUCGGUGGCAUGGGUACACUUCUGUUUUAA